UGACAAAAUUGGGUAGUUCGAGACAGUUUCGAAUUGUGGAUGGAAGACAGCAGGGCACAGGGCACAGGAUAGUCUUUGGGGAUCCAGCUGCUCUUUGGGCAAAACCAGGUUCGCUAUGGCAUCAGCGAAAGAUCAGGACGUCGGGACUGAUGAAGCGAAAGUCGAAAUGUCUCCAUGCAUCCCUGGACAAACCAAAACCACCACCGCGAGAACUUUGACCCAGCAGGAGUUGGAGAAACUCUCAAGUGACCGAAUUCUGGUGUCCGACUUUAAGCAGAUGAAGUUGGAAAAGGACGCACAGAAAAACUGGGAUCUGUUCUAUAAAAGAAACGCCACGAAUUUCUUCAAGGACAGACACUGGACAACUAGGGAGUUUGAGGAGCUCAAGGCAUGCCGAGAGUUCGAGUCCCAGAGGCUGGUGUUGCUGGAGGCUGGCUGUGGGGUAGGAAACUGUAUCUUCCCUCUCCUGGAGGAGGACCUCAACAUCUUUGUUUACGCCUGUGACUUCUCACCCCGAGCUGUGGACUUUGUCAAACAAAACCCUCUAUACUGCCCUGAGCGCUGCAGUGCCUUCCAGUGUGACCUGACCAGAGAUGACUUGAAGGAAAACAUUGUGGAGGGCAGCGUGGAUGUUGUCACGCUAAUCUUCGUCCUGUCAGCCAUCCACCCUGACAAGAUGAGUCAGGUCCUGGAGAACAUUUUCAGGGUGCUGAAGCCAGGAGGCAUCAUCCUGUUCAGAGACUAUGGUCUGUAUGACCAUGCCAUGGUCCGAUUUAAACUUGGCAGCAAACUGGGGGAAAACUUCUAUGUUCGUCAAGAUGGUACCAGGUCAUACUUCUUCUCCAAAGAGCUCCUGGCUGAGCUGUUUGAGGGGGCUGGCUUUCACUCAGUGGCUAAUGACUAUGUCCUCAGAGAGACGGUCAAUAAGAAGGAGGGGCUGUGUGUGCCCAGGGUGUUCCUGCAGAGCAAAUUCGCCAAGCCUGGCUUAUCACAGAAAUGCUGAUGUCACUCAGCCCACCUCCCAUGUUUGCGACACUAGAUAAGUCACCAUAAGACUGAAACAACUCACUGAAAUCAGACUGUGGAAGAUGAAGUAAUGGAUUCAAUGGGGCUGGGUAGUCCACGGCCCUCCCCGGAUCAGCACGGGGUGGAGCAACAACCAGGAUGGCUCGAAAGAGUACAGAGUACUACAGAGUAGAAGGGUAAUUGGCCGGAUGCAAUUAGGAAGAAAAAAAGGAGGGGGUAGGGGAGCUGGGAAAAAUUGAGCUAUUUUCCUCCCCCUGCAAAAUUCCUGUCAUGGUGCUCUUGAGCAAGGCACCUAACCGAAUGCUGCAGUGCAGCUGUUCAAUGGGCAACAGGAGGAGAUUUGAUUGCUCUCUGGUGUGAAUCUGUUUAAUGAAUGAAUAUUGGGGUAGGUGGGAGGUGCUGUUCAGUAUUAGUUAUUGUUACCAAAACCAGGUUCAGUGUAUUUGUCUGCAAAGAUCUGUUUAAGCAAGCUAUCACCCCUAGAAACUUUCGUUUCUUUGCGUUCAUGAGAUCCAUGUAGGAUCUUCGUCCAAUCAACAAGCAGCUCCCUGAGGUUUCCUCAAAUUUGUCCUCUCUCUGCUAAAUUUAGACUGACACUAAAAAUGGGUGUUACCUCUGGUCUUGCUGUGACAUCUAGAAAUUUCACAUAAACACAAACGGUUUAGCCACAGCAGAAAGCAUUCCAGGUCUUUCACACCGUGUCCUGUCAGUAUUGGGAGAGGCCUUAGAGCCAGUAGGUAUGAGAAUGAGUUCCUGAAGACAAUGCAUCCCUUUUGGUCAACACUCAUUGCCUCAUUAAGGGUGUCCCACCAGGCUAAGGCCUGUACCAUGUGCUCAGGACAUUGCAAAUUUGCCUCCCUCUCAUAUUGUGUCACAUUUCGUUGUCCCUGGGAUGCUGUAGCAGUGGGAGAGAUUGUCCUUCGAUCAGGUCACCCAAGGGGUCAUGCUUUGUUUUGGUGAGCAUUGCCACUGCUGGACUCUCCCCAAGUAAGACACUGAACAUCUAUUUGAUCCAAGGAUGCUGUUGUAUCACUAAUCCUGAUCUCGAACCUCCCUGUGGAGGGAGCAAGGACAUACAAUUACUUUUCAUUGUUCAAUUGAGUAUUAUUAUGUUUUGCUAUUAUAUGAUUUUUUUCACAUGAUGUACCUUUGGAGGGAUUCUUUAAAAGGCUUGCAUUUUAAGAUUAUAAUAUUUUUUGUGUAUGUCUUUUAAAUAUUUCUUUACUUCACUUUAUAACUUGGAUCAAAAAAAAAACAGCUGCUGAAAAUCCAAUGUUUAACCAAGCAGAUAUUUUGUUGUUGUUGUUUUUUUUAUUAGUUUGA